GAACUUUCCUAUCCAUCGAGUCGCAUAGGCACAUAACCGGGUGAGCUCGAGAGAGAGAGAGAGAGAGAGAGAGAGAGAGAGAUGGCGGAGCAGCAAAAACCCAAUUCGGCGAUGGAGCAUCCCCCGAAGCCUACUAAUACGGUGCCGCCUCCGCCUCCCACGUCGGCGUCCUGGACAUCCGGCGGGGAGGCGGCGCCUAGGAGCUCGCACCACUACCCCAACCCGCCGGACUCGGUGAACCCGGACGUUGCGACGCUGCGGGACCAGUGGCGGUUCGCCAUCCGGCAGUACAGCCGGUGGUACUCCCACGCUUGGGGCACCGCCAUCCUCGCCGGCGUCUCCUUCUUCGCCCUCGGAUGGUUCAUCAAGGGCUCCAAUCCCCUCCCCUCCCGCGCAAACCCCGACCACACCGACGAUCAGCCGCCCUCCGCCGCCCCAGCCACCGACAGGAAUAAGGGUGCAAGAGAAAAGAGUCUAGGAUUCAGUGUAGUCUGAUGCCUCCAGAUUUUGUUAUACUAAAGAGGAAAUUAAAUCUUACAAAAGAAAGAGGAAAACUUAAGGGAAUCUUAUACAUUGAUAAUUACUUAGAUGUAAUUUAGUCAAGCUAGUAUAUUGGAGAAUAUGAGACUAAAUAUUGACGAUAUGGUGACCAUAUGCUUCACUCAACUUAGCAUGACCAAAAGCCAUGUCUACUUACUGGAGGAAUGAGGGAUCUGUGACUCAAGUUGUUGGAUCUAUAUUUUGUGAAAUUGCAGACAAUUGUCAUACUAGUAAAUAUGUUAGAUCAUAGUAACUUACGCAUGAAGUUUGCAAAUAAAAAAGAAGCAUAUGUGGUUAUACAAAAUAUGCCACAAUAAAAUAUAGAGUAUCAUGAGCGCUAAAUGUGUUUUAAUGUAGACUGGUUCUCUGAAGAGUCGAAUCUACUGUCUUUGCCUACAAUUUAGUUCUCUUGCCACCUGGUGUUCUCCAUGUUAAUCUUUCAUCUAAUGUGAUCUGUUCAUUUUUAUUUUAUACCUGAGUGACCCAGGGCAUACAUGGCGCAUCAUCUGUGGCAUAGAAAGGUUUCACAGCUUUUUCUGAAGCAAUGCCUACUUUAAUCUGCAGAGCACUAGCUUUUGCUUUUGGGUGCUCGAAAAGUAUAGGCCUACAGCAUGAUCUUACACUCUUUUUUUGUAGAAAAUAAUAUGAACAUUAUUUUCUGCAUUGUUAGAUAGCCUUUCAAUCCACAAGAAAAUCCACUAAACUCUAAAACCUCAUCUUAUAGUUCCACCAGCUGCUUUCCAUUGUGUGUGUCAGUAUUGGAAAUUUUGGGUGUUCUAAGUUUGCUGAUUCUUCUUGCCUUGUAUAUGUUCAAAUACAUUGUAGAAAGUAUGUUCUGAGCAUCAAUCCAUUUAGGACCUCUUUCUCUCUCUCUCCAUCUCUCUGCCAAUAUCCCUGGUGUCAUAUUUUUUUGAUGGAGGGUGUCAAUGUCACAUGUCAUUUAUCAACUGAGUGAACAUUACGCGACAGUGGAACUCAUGUCAAAUAAUGAUUAUACAUUGGACCGCAUAUUAUCCAGUACCCGUGUAUGCUAUAAUUUGUAGCAUAUGACUGUGACAGAAAAGAAUUAUCACAUGCAGCAGCCUAUUAUUACUGCAGAUGUGAAGCUAUAUGCUAGGCUGGAGUAGAAUUAUUAGUCAACUUUGGGGUCUCCUAACUCAUUUUCCUUCAGCUUAGUGGAAUAUAUGCUUCAUAUUUUUUUUGUUCAUUACUUCUGCAAUUGAUUCUGGAUGAUGUACCACAUUUUUCUUGAGAUAUUCUUGAUGAUGUAUCAUUGCUAGCCAUUGAUAAACAAAAUGCUUAAACAUUU